CAAGGACCUUCUGGACCUCCAGGGGACAAGGGAAUAGCUGGUGAACCGGGACCACUUGGACCACCCGGGACUGUGGGACUGUUAGGGGAAAUUGGUCAAAAGGGUCCUCCAGGUAAAGUUGGUGAACCAGGGUUGCCAGGCGAACCUGGAGAGAAAGGGGCCAUUGGACUGGCUGGGAAUAUUGGAGAGCAAGGACUAAUAGGACAGAGGGGAGAGCCAGGCCUAGAGGGAGAAGGUGGUCCAGCUGGUCCCGAUGGAGCAAAGGGUGAAAAAGGUGACAUGGGUCAAGAGGGUGACAACGGUGAAAAGGGUGAAACUGGACUUAAGGGAAAGGAGGGUCCAAAUGGUAGUCCUGGAUUUACUGGUGUCAGGGGCCCAGAGGGGAAGCCAGGUAAAAUUGGAGAACGGGGCAAACCUGGGCCAAAGGGAGCUAAAGGCCAUAUUGGUCACCUUGGAGAGACAGGAAUGGUGGGAAAGAUUGGAUCAUCAGGAUUUGUUGGGCCAAAGGCGUCCAGAGGAACAACUGGACAUGUGGGAGCUCCAGGUCGAAUGGGUCAGCAGGGGGACACAGGUCUUCCAGGUUAUGAGGGUCAUCAGGGAAAACAAGGGCCCUUGGGGUCACCUGGACCAAAAGGUGAAAAGGGUGAACAAGGCGAUGAUGGGAAGAAGGAAGGUCCUCCUGGUCCUCAAGGUCUGAUUGGACCUCCUGGUGACAGAGGAGAGAGAGGUGAACCAGGAGACUCAGGGUACAAAGGUCAAAUUGGUGUGGAUGGAGAACGAGGCAGAACUGGAGCUCCUGGACAACCGGGGCACUCUGGACCUAGAGGCCAGCAGGGACCUAAAGGGGCCAAAGGGGACCAA